CUGAAGGUGGCAGUAAUGCACAUCGUGGAUGUCAACUGCCGUAAAACGUCAAAGAAGAAGAAGGAGGAGAACAAGAAGAAGCGAAGAAGAAGCAAGAGCCAUAAUAAAACAUAACUAACAGGACUGGGGUAAAAAUCUCCGACAUGUCCAGGUGUUACGUAGUUAAUGUUGCUUAAAAACAAACGGACAGAAGUUUUCCGUGAAAAGACUCCACAAUAAAAGCCCACGGAGGAGAGUUCAGGUGCUUUGUUGCGGUUUUGACGCAGACCUUGGCUGUUUUCGUCGUUGAGACGCGCAGACGCUACAAGCCAGCUAGCAGCGUUAGCUUGUUUACUCUCAGUCUGGUUCCCAGUUUCUGUUUCAUGUCACUGGUCUCCAGUUCCGCGUGCAGACAUGGAGAGUUUGUACAAGCGGAAAAUGUUCGCGUCGAUGCGGAAAACCAAAGUGGCUGCAUCGAAGAAGCGGCAGAUCGGCCUGCCCGCCUCCAUACUGGACGACAGUGACGAGGGCUCCUUCUCCUCCUCCUCCUCCGGAUCCCAGUCCGACUUCCAGAGCUCCCCGGAGGACGACAGCGAGCAGGAUUACCGGGGCCGGAGCGAGUCAGGGGCGACUUCGAGCGACGACAGCCGCUCCGUGACCCGCAGGAAGCGCUCGUUCCUGGGAGGCAACGACAGCUCCUCGUCCUCCAGUGAGGAGGACGAUGAAGAGGAGGACGAUGAAGAGGAUGACAGGAGCCAACCGAAGAGGAUGGUGCAGCCCAGGAAGCGGAGCAGGUUGCAGCGGCAGGACGAGUCGGACUCGGACCAUGCGGAGGAGAAGGGAAGAGAGGAGGCGGAGAAGGCGAAGAGGAGGCAGAGACACAGCAAACUGCUGGCGCUGUCCCAAAGGAUGAAGGCCCGAAUCCCGAGCCGGAGGAGGAGCCGCUUAAAGCAGGGUACGGGCGAGGGCGACGAGGAAGAGUCUAAAGAAGGUGAGGAUGAGGCUGGUGGUGAUGAAGAUGGGGAUGGAGGCAGCGGCAAGAAAGAGGCUGAAAGAGGCGAUGAAGGAGGCAGAGAGGAGGAGGACAAGGAGGAGGACGAGGAGGACAAGGACAAAGAGGAGCAGGAGGAGGGGAAGGAAUAGAUCCACACUUUCAUGGAGACAGAAACUUUAGCCAUCUGAAAAUGACUCAUUAUUGUACAUUUACUUUCUCCUUCAGAGCUUAAAGUGGAAAGCAAAUCACUUAGAACUGCCAUCUUUUCCCCAUUGCAACAGUUGUUGGUGACAUGCAACAGAAAGAUGUCCAGUGGAUUUGGACGGCCUAAGUGAAGUGAUACGUCAUAGUCUGUGAAGGACGUGGAGCCUGACAUGGGACAGAGCUGUAGACAGAUGCUGAGUUUGAAACAUGGUUGAUAGAUAUGAACCAACUCAGUUCUGAUACGCCACUCAUCAUAUGUCAAGUCAGGGCAGUUUUAUUUAUGUGUCCCAGAGUCACUAAUCGCAGUAGUUGAUUCCGAAUCAACGUCAUGUCUCAUUUCCCAUUGACAACUGGCACUUGACUGAUGGAAGCUAAUACUUUAGUGGUUGCUAAUGCUGCAAUUAAGUUAUAUGGCAUGUGUUGUGGAUAUGGGAACAUUCCCAUGUGUACUUGCAAACCUUCACGUUAUCAGCCUAAUCAAGAUGGUUGUAUGAUUACAGUGUUGGUCAAGUGAGGGUUGAAAUACUAUGCACUGACAAUAACACUAUCCAUUAUUAUGCCAGUGGAUCACCAGCAGCAUCCCAACAAUCAACAGUUCAUGAAGAUGAUGUCAGGGCUUCAGCCGGAGCAGGAAGACAGAAGAUCUGCUCAGUGACACAUGAAAUUCUCCUGUUGAUACAUUGAGUUGAAGAAAUGUGAGAGAGUCACAGUCAGCAGACUGUGUCCACAACAACGAGAGAAGUCAGUCAGAAGUCCUGGAGAGCUUCAGACUCCUGUUCUGUUCCUGUCUGCAGUGAUGAAGCAUCCUGACUAUGAUGAAACUGAUUUCACUGGUCUGGAUGGACAAUGGCCGCUGAGGCUUAUGGGUACUUUAGUACUUGGAGACAUUCAGCAUACCACAACUGACAGCAUUGAGAUUCUUCUGUGUUGCACUUUUCCUUCUUUAAAUGAGAUUAAAUCGGAGCCAGUUCCUGCAAAGCAGAAGUACUCGUUUUUCUCAGGCUCCUGUGUGACGUCUGCAGACCAUUCAGACUGAAUGAACUGAAACACCUGUACGCUUUCUUGUACAGUAGCUUUUUAUUGGUCACAGUUUAAAGGCAGUGUUUGCAGAAGCGUCUGUAUCUUUUGAUAGUUUUGUCCAUCUCUGCUGUGAGUUAAAAGUAGGGCCACACACUCAAUAUUGAUUAUUAUUAAUAAUUUCCAGUGACCCAUUUUUCGUGAAGACCAGGAGAAUAGUGGGACACUGCUGCGUGGGUUAUGUGCUUGUACCGUUUGGAUGUUGCGUCAUACGGUGUCGCUGUUGAGCUCCUCUCCAUCAUGGAGCCUGUGGCCUGUCUCUUGAGAUGUAGCAGAUGUUGGUCGAGACUGACGACAUGUUGCGUGAUCCAAAGGGAGUUGCUGAGGUGAUGAGUUUGUUGUUUUCCUGCACAGUUUACACACAGCAUUGAUUUGAUAUUGUUCAGAAUUAAAGAAACCAACCUACCUUCAGCAGCUGUGAUCAUUUUCUCACUCCACACUUCUGUUGUUAUUGGUACAACUGAAACCUGUUGAAUGCCUGACUCUGUGUCACUUGUAGGGAUGUGAUUGGCUGUUUAUGAGCCAGGGAGGUGGCACGCUCUGGGUUGUUUCAUGCAACUGUGAAGCUAUCUGACUUUCUAUCGAUCAAUCUUCAUAUUAGUAUUGAUGACGCGUCUGUUGCCGGUACAGAUCACUAUGGUUUUAUCACCCAGGCCUAGUUAUAAAUACAUUUGUCUCAGCAGCUGCUCUUUGAUUACAACAUGUCUGUUAAGAUUCUCAGUCAUGGUUUAAUUUAUCUUUGAUCACAGCUUCUCUGUUGUGAGGAUCUGCUGCUUUUCUAUUCUCUUUCAUAGUAGACUGAAGGUCUUUGGGUUUUGGAUUGUUGGUUGAUUAAAUAUUUGACAAUGUCACCUUGGACACUGAGAAACACUGAUAGUCAUUUUCACUAUAUUUCAUAGACUAAACAAUUAAUCAAAAAAUAAUAGAUUAGUUGUUUGAAAAACUGGGAUUUCUCUCCAAAAUGAGCUAUAACGCUGACCUUUGGGAACAGUGUAUAGUAAAGAAAAUAAAUGAAUUUAUAGUUUGAAUAAAAGUAAUGUAUUUUUAAAGGAUUUUGAAGAUACUCCUGGCCAACCUUUGAAAAGCCCAAAACUGGACAGAAUAUUUUCCAGUGAAAUGUUUUCACAGCUGACACAAUUGACACAAGAUGCACACAACUAUCAAAAUAAGAAUGGCAGACCAUCAGAAACAAAAAAGAGUUAUUUUUCUGUUAUGUUCAUAUCGAAUCAGAGAUUCUGGACAUAUCUCCUAAAGGCAGAAAACUGAUUGCAGUUUACAUUUUGCACUUUCACUGCAAGUUUUUUAAUUUAAUUUGGUCAAACAUUUUUGUAAAUGUUAACAUAUAAAUGUGACAGGAGAAGAAAUUAAUUGAGGGCCUCAUACAAAAAAGUUCUUUUUGUACUUGUUCUAUUUAUUUCUUCCUUUCUGAAGUCUGUCACAGUGAUGCAUUCACGUGCUAAUGUAUAAUUUGGACAAAUAAUGUCCCUAAUUUGAAGUAAACUCUUUUUUAAUAAUCUUUCCUCUGUAGAUCCUCUCUCUGUGGUGGUGCGUUUAAGGACACUCGUACCAAAUGGAUAACAGACCACAACACUAUAAAUAAGCUGCCAGUGUGCAGCUACUGAACCUGAACCUACAGUGUUUAAGAGCCUUGUGGCCUUUUCUGCUUUUCUCAACUACUGGACUCAGUGUGUUCUACAGUAUCAUGAUGAUAUACAGACGCAUACGUCAUAGUUACAUAUCAGUGCUGUGUAUUUACUUGUUUUCCAGUGUAUUUCUGGUCUCUUGUUGCUGUAUAAGGCUCUUCAGACCAACCUGCCCUGUUGAAAACACUUUUAUAAAUAAAGCUUCUUCUUUUGACAGAUUA